AUGGCUAACGCUUCGCCUAAUCCCAACAACGGUCGUAAGACUCAUCUGGUCAUCGUCUGCUGUCACGCGACCUACACAGGAGAUGGCACAGAUACGUCUGAGCGCAACUGGAUUCUUCAGCCCUUCCAGAAAUCAGACCCAACUACCGGCAAGGCCAGCGAGCACGAAACGUACAUCACUCACAUCCUGGCUGGAGCGCAAGCGAUAGAUAACGACGAGAAUGCCUUGCUUGUGUUCUCCGGCGGCGUCACGGCAAGCGCUGAUGUCUCCGAAGCCCAGGGCUACCGGCGGGUCCUCGCAAGUCUGAAAGACGGCGAAGACUGGCACGGAGACGACGUCUGUACUGAAGAUGUAUCGACCGAUAGCUUUCAGAACCUGCUGUUCUCGAUCCUCAAAUAUCGUCAGCAUGUGGGCUCUUUUCCCGAGCAAAUCACAGUCAUCACGCAUGCCUUCAAGGAAAAACGCUUCCUCAAUCUGCACGCACUGGCGAUCAGGUGGCCAGCUCAUCGCAUCCGUAUCAAUGGCAUCAAUCCGCCAUUGACGAGGGAGGAGCUGUCGCGGGCCGAGCGAGGUGAAGCGGCGAAUGGCUAUGGCGCUUUUGAGCAGGAUCCGUUUGGAGUCCACCCGCCGCUGAGCAACAAGCGCAAGACGAGGGGAUGGGACGAGCGUUCAUGGGAAUCGGUAUUGUUUCCUGGCCUCGAGGCGGAAGUCGUGGACAUGUUCAGAUGGGUUCGGAAUGGGGGCGUGGUCUUUCCGAGUCGGUUGCCGUGGGAGGAAUAA